GCAUAAUUAAGUCCCAAUGGAAUUAAAUGAAAAAAUAAAUUUCACGCAAUGGAAGACAUUCAGUUGGUACAAUUAUUUAUGGCCGACUCCGUAUUAAAGACACAUCUCAUGAAUUUCGUAUCGCAAAAAAGAACAAUUUCAAGGGUUCCUACAAUUGCAUUCGCAGUAGCUACAAGAAAUUGCAAACUUUACGUCUGUUUUUCGGAUGGAUCGGCAUGCUAACGAGAACAAAGGCGGGAACGAAGACUCAGAGAAAGUACAGCAGGCAGAUCCGAAAAGACAAUCGACUACUGACCCACUUGAAAAGUCCAAAGGUUCUUCCUUCUUUUACAGGGGUAGUCUGCAACGUAACGGAGUCAAUAACCACAGUCACCACAACGGAAUGGAAUGAAAUCUCAACUAGCCCCGCAUCGGAGGAUACAGAUCCUUCGGCAACAGUAACCGAAUCGACCACUACAGAUGGACCUCUCACCCUGACGGAAUGUGGUCCAUCCCCCGAAGACUGCAAGCAUGAAAUGACACAGAUCGAGGGGAUUCUGGAACCCUGUGUGAACAAAAGCGGACAAGUUCCUCAAUACCAAAAAUGCCUUUGGAACAUCAUGGCCAAUUCUACGGACGUCAUCGAAUUUCUCUUGACUCCAGAGGAUUUUGGGAACUUCCCAAAUCGAAGCGUACAAUUGAGAAUUGGCCAUGGAUACAAGGACGAGUUUCCACCUGGACAAGAGGGAACAACAGUGGAAAAAUUUGAAUACCCGGUUGAUGAAGAUACAACAGUGACCAUAGGAUGCGAUGACGCGUGGGUUGACAUGAUCACUCGCGAAGUUAUUAAGCCCUUCAGAGUUUUCUAUACCAUCAAACCCAAUGCAGUCACCGCGACAGCAUCGUGGGAAACUAAUACGUCAGACACCGAGCCAGACUCCACCGCGACAGAAUCGUGGGAAACUAAUACGUCAGACACCGUGUCAGACUCGACUACGACGGAACAGACAUGGACGUCCCCUCAGAAACUGUGUCAUUCGCUCGAGAAGAUUUGCAUUCAGGAUGUGACAGAGACCACGGGAAUCCUGGAACUGUGUGUGGAUUACACUGGAGAAGUCCCGCGAUACCAACACUGCCUUUGGAACAUCCUAGCCUGUCCAACAGGCGCAAUCGGGAUACUCUUGACUCCAGAUGAUUUUGGGAAUUUCCCCAACGAAACCCUGCUAUUGCGGAUUGGCUAUGGAUACAAAAACGGUUUCCCAAAUAGAACCGAUGAAACAGUGCUGGCUUAUUAUAACUACCCUGUUGAGAAGAAUACUGCGGUGAUCGUGAAUUCCGAUGUCGCCUGGGUUGAUAUGAUGACUUUGAAAGAUACCAAGCCUUUUAGGGCCUUCUAUACCAUCGAAGGGCAUGCAGGCGUAGACUGCAACUCGACGACGGUGACAGAAACCACAGUCACUGAGACAGACUUUAGUGAAAUGUCGUCUGUCUCAACAUCAGGGAAUCCAGGUACAUCAGAAACUGAUUCUAGCACUAGCCCAACAUAUGAACCAAGCUCUUUUUCCGAAACCACCACAGAUGAAUCAACAUCCACCCCCGAAACCACCACAGACGGAUCAACUUUCACUCCCGAAACCACCACAGAUGAUUCAGCCUCCACUCCCGAAACCACCACAGAGGAUUCAUCCUCCACUUCCGAAACCGUCACGGAUGGAUCAACCUCCACUCCCGAAACCACCACAGAUGAUUCAUCCUCCACUUCCGAAACCGUCACGGAUGGAUCAACCUCCACUCCCGAAACCACCACAGAUGAUUCAUCCUCCACUUCCGAAACAGUCACGGACGGCUCAACCUCCACUCCCGAAACCACCACAGAGGAUUCAUCCUCCACUUCCGAAACCGUCACGGAUGGAUCAACCUCUACUUCCGAAACUAUCACUACAGAUGAAUCAAUUGGAUCGUCUGAAUCCACCGAUAUAUCUGUUACAUUCCCGUCAGGCGAGACGACGGAGCUGUUUGAUUGCGUCGACCAAGGGCACAUGCUGAUACCAAGUGGUGCAUCUGGGUUAUUCCUCAUCUCCAUAUUCCUAGCAAUCGUCUUCGUUGGAUGAAGGUUUGUCCUACUGUCUCCAGCACUUCUCUUACCUUUGGAUAAGUCGGCAUGACAUCGAAAGGC